AUGCGAAUACAAUCGAGCCUCUCAUCGUGGUUCCUCUCCUCCGCUCUCUUCACCGGUCUAGCCUCGGCGUCAGGAUCGUUCGACUGCCGUAAUAUCAUCGCAGAGGGGAUCAAAUACGACCUCUACGGCUUGCACGGCGUGCACACGAUCUACCAUGUCGACAAGGCGGAAGACUACAUCGUGAACACGACCUACGUGCUGGACAUCUGCAAGGCGCUCGGCAAGGCCUCGAUCCGGGGGGAUCUGAAAUGCGGGACUUCGAAGAAUAUCUGCGGAUUCCAGUACAAGUAUACCCCCGACGGCUCGGAGGAGAUCAGCCAUGCCUUCCCCAUUGCCGGACUGGACCCCCUGGGUCACGGCAGCAAGGACGCCGAGGUCACGCGGCUGAAGGGAGAUGGGCAGGAAGGGCUCCUGGUAAAACUGGCGGGGGGCGAGUACAUCGACAAGGACAAGAAGAAGAAGGAUGCACGGGCGGUGAUUGAGUUCCAAUGUGAUCCCGAUCGGUCAGGCCUGGAGGGGUUGUCUUCUGUGGAGGAGGAAGAGGAGGAGGAGGAGACGCGCCGGCGGUUGGUGGUGCGGGAGGAUGAAGGCGACAAGAACAAGGAGAAGGACAAGGAGAAGACGGACCCGAAUGACGGGUCGGAUCCCUCGCGCAGCUUGCAGUUUGAGAGUUUCGGGCCCGCGGACGACGAUGCGUACGUGUUGAAGCUGAAGUGGCGGACACGGUAUGCGUGCGACAAUUAUGUCCGCGAUAGGAAGGGCGACGGAUCGAGCCAUUGGGGGUUCUUUACUUGGUUGAUAAUCAUCCUCUUCCUCUGCGUCGCCGCGUACCUUAUUUUCGGCUCCUGGCUCAACUACAACCGCUACGGUGCCCGUGGCUGGGACCUCCUCCCGCACGGCGACACCCUCCGUGACAUUCCGUAUAUUUUCCAGGACUGGCUCCGACGGGUCAUUAAUACGCUCCAAGGGAGCGGGUCGAGAGGCGGUUACAGCGCGGUUUGA